CUUAUAGGAAAUCGUUGAUGCUAUUGCUCGUUGUUCCGUGUGGAAACAACACGAUGGGAGCAGAAACUGAAACGAAGGAAAAACACGGAGAAGAGACGCCAAGACCUACUCCCACUACUCUCACACAAGAUCAAUUUCUCUCAUGGAAGCGCCACAAGGAUGCUGCUGAAUCAGCCAGGAAAGCUGAAGCAUCCAGGAAACGGGCAGAGGAUAUUGCCGCUGGAACAGUUCAAAUGAACGGCAGGGAACUGUUUCUGCAUGAGCCAUGGGUGUUUGAUGAUUCACGUUUUUGAGGUUUUUAUUCUUUAUCUCAAAAAGCUCUUAUGGUCAUGCUUUUAGGUAUUUCAAUCCGUGCUUGUAUUAAGGUGGGGUUUAUCUAUGUAUGAGUUAUCAUUAUAGAAGUACUUGUUUUGUCAAACUAUUUUUAUGUAGCAAUAUACUUUUUUUUUUUGUAAAUAAUUGUUUCUUCAUAACAGCAGGGUGCAUCUAUCUUACGGGAAAAAUAUUACAAAUUAUGACCAGUCGGAACAUGACUGUUUUCCGACAAUGAAUAUCUUCUCCGGUAUUAGCAUUUGAAUAAAAUUAGAGUUUGACAGGUUGAUUAUCGUUUGUAUUUAAUUUUUAGUUGCAAUUCUUUUUCACCAAGGUUGAUCUGUUACUUUUAUGGUGUGUCUGAACUCCUUGGUAUGACAGAGCUUAAUUCAAGUUAGAGUUGGUGUGUGUAAUUCAUGCUUCGUGUCUAAAAGGCUCUCUUGUGUUGGCGAUGUCAAACUUAAAAUAACUCAUCAAAGAGAUCAUAAGAGUUCUCCUAGUAACUAAAUGAUAAAAUUCAAUUUUUUUUUGCUUUCA